AUGUUAGCAGCACCGUUGGUUCCGCCUCGUCCGCCAGACGAUGAAGAUUCUCGUAAUGUUAUCGAUCGUUUGGCUGAAUUUGUCGCUAAGAAUGGUAUGGAAUUUGAGGAACGUACACGUGCGAAACAGUACGGUGAUCCACGUUUUGGCUUCUUGUUCGGUGGCGAAUUUGCCGAUUACUAUCGAUUUCGUGUGCUUCAGGAAAUCCAGAAAUUGAACAGUGGAACCAUUCCCCCAGCUGGACUGGCACCUCCACCACCACUACCACCGGUAGCACCGAAUGUGCAAAUACCUCAGUUCGAUGCCAGUGCAGCACUUGCGCAAAUGCAAACAUAUGAGAGACAGAUCGCAGACAGUGAAGCAAACCUACGGGCACAGUUCCAGUCGAUUGAGGCACAAAAAGAGGCCCAGCUAGCUGUGGCGAUUGAAAAAGCGGAAGCGAGCAAAAUCACGACAAUCUGUGAGCAAGUAUCGCUGGAUGUGGAACCUCUCGCAAAAAUGCUCGAUCAGCUUAGUGGCCAUUGCAGCAAAGAUGUCAUUUCGGCCCAGCUAGCUGUGGCGAUUGAAAAAGCGGAAGCGAGCAAAAUCACGACAAUUUGUGAGCAAGUAUCGCUGGAUGUGGAACCUCUCGCAAAAAUGCUCGAUCAGCUUAGUGGUCAUUGCAGCAAAGAUGUUAUUUCGAAAAUCGUAAAAUUUUAUAUAUAUACGCAUAUUUAUGCAUAUGUAUAUGUAUGUAUGCAUUUAAGUAUAUGA